GAGGAAGAGGUCUCGUAGCAGAGAGUACGAGGGGAGACUGCGAUACCCACCCCGGAGGGAUCUCUCCAGGAGAUCGCGAUCGAGAAGAAUCAGAUCUAAAGCGACAAUACUUUUCCCUCACCUACGCUGUCAGAAAGGAUCCGAGCAUUGCUAACCGAUCUUUCCUGCUUCGGCUCUGGAUUUUACCUUUGAUCCUCUCUUUGUUCAGCAUUUCCACGGGGACAAUUAGGUACUGGAAACGGGGUGGAUAAGGUGAGGGUUCCAGAACAGAGGCGGGAGCGUUGACGGGGAGAUGGGUGCUGACGCGUGGUGGUGUGCAACUGAAAUAGGCCAGUGGUCCUCGCUGCUCGGUAGUACCGGGGCUGGUGUGGUUCUAGCAGUCAAAUGGGGCGGGUGCAGCCAUGUAGGGAGCUGAGUUCAUCCUUAAAUUCCCGAAAUGUUCUACAGGCUAAUUGUUCUUCCGAGCCUGGCUGUUGUUUACCUGAAGGAAGCGGAUUGUGAAAUACAGCUGACGCUUCUCCAUCCUUUCCUCCAAUGGGUUCUGUGGGACAGAUCUGGAUGAAAACAGGCUUUUGCGGCGUGAAAACCUUCUUGCCCCUUUAGUCUUGGGCUGCGAGCCUCUUGCAGGUCUGCUGGUCUCCUCUGUAACUUUAGGUUGUUAUUUCUGAAUCCUCUGGCUUAAAAGUACCCCCCCAAAGUUUCACAAAGGUUUGGAGUCGAGUAUAUCGGUGUUGGAAUGGAAUCAGGGGUGGCUUUUUGUGUGUUUUGGAUAGUUCAGUGGUGACCUAGUGCCUCUGCUGUCUUGGCAGGCAGAUUGACAUUUUAGUCUUGAUCCAAGCUGAGCUGAACCACCCCACGCCUACCUGCGUCCCGUUAAGCUGUCAGCGAGAGCGCUACGUGUUCCUGUUCCCAGGCUGAAGUGCUGUAGCAAGGUUUUGGUUGGAGAAGCUGUUUCUCUCACUGACAGCUAGACGUGGCUUCUCGCUCGGUGGCAUGUGAAGCAAGGCUUGUAGCAGAAGCUGGUUUAUCAGGCCAACUGUAACGGCUGGGGUGGAGAAGACAGUCAUGUUUUUGGGGGUACAAGCAGGCCAACUGCUACGCAAGACCGUUUCUGCUCUUCGGUUUAAGAGCCAUGACAGGAUGCCUUAUCACAGGAGGUACAGACGGGACAGCGAUGCCUACAGAUUUGAAGACCGAAGCCCAUCUUUUGGAGAGGACUAUUACUCGACCCGCUCACGGAACUGGCGGCGAUCCAGAGGCAGAGAGCAGCACCGUCCAAAGAAGCAUCAGCAUCACUGCCGGAAACGCAGGACCAGGUCUUGUAGCAGUGCCUCCUCGAGAAGCCAACAGAGCAGUAAGCGCAGCAGGAGCGUGGAAGAUGACAAGGAAGGCCACCUGGUGUGCAGGAUCGGCGAUUGGCUUCAAGAGCGAUAUGAAAUUGUCGGCAGCCUUGGCGAAGGCACUUUUGGCAAAGUGGUGGAGUGUGUGGACCAUGCCAGAGGCAAAUCUCAGGUGGCACUGAAAAUCAUAAAAAAUGUUGGAAAGUACCGAGAAGCAGCCAGGCUGGAAAUCAACGUCCUGAAAAAAAUCAAAGAGAAGGACAAGGAGAACAAAUUCUUGUGUGUCCUGAUGUCAGACUGGUUCAACUUCCAUGGCCACAUGUGCAUUGCCUUUGAGCUGCUGGGCAAGAACACUUUUGAGUUCCUGAAGGAGAAUAACUUCCAGCCCUACCCUCUCCCUCAGAUCCGGCACAUGGCCUACCAGCUCUGCCAUGCCUUGAGAUUUCUACAUGACAACCAGCUGACUCACACUGACCUCAAGCCAGAAAACAUCUUGUUUGUCAACUCAGAUUUUGACACUCUGUACAAUGAGAAAAAGAGCUGUGAGGAGAAAUCCAUUCGGAACACAAGCAUCCGUGUGGCAGACUUUGGAAGUGCCACCUUUGAUCACGAGCACCACACCACCAUCGUGGCUACCCGGCACUACCGUCCACCAGAAGUGAUUCUGGAGCUGGGCUGGGCGCAGCCGUGCGACGUCUGGAGUACUGGCUGCAUUCUGUUUGAGUAUUACCGUGGCUUCACGCUCUUNCAGACCCAUGAGAAUCGUGAGCAUCUUGUCAUGAUGGAAAAAAUCCUCGGGCCGCUUCCAUCUCACAUGAUCCACAAAACUCGGAAGCAAAAAUAUUUCCACAAUGGGAACCUGGUCUGGGAUGAGAACACGUCCGACGGCAGAUAUGUCCAAGAGAACUGCAAGCCCCUGCGGACAUACAUGCUGCACGACUCGCUGGAGCACGCACAGCUCUUUGACUUGAUGAGGAGGAUGUUAGAAUUCGACCCUUCCCGGAGGAUCACGUUUUCGGAAGCCCUCCUGCAUCCUUUCUUUGCUGGCCUCUCUGCAGAGGAAAGGAUGCUGUGCGGGCGAGGCGCCAGCCGGGACCUAAGCAGAUGACGGCUGGGGAGGGUGCGAUGCCUGCUGGAUUUGUACAUACAGGAUUGGUCUGGCCUCUGCCGUUCUUCUCUCAGAGUUCAGAGGGGCUGGGGCACUGCAGUGAGGACCCUGGGCAGGGGAGGGGAAGAAGAGCUACAAUGGAAAGCACAGAUUUGUCUAUUUAUAUGUUGUAAAGUUAAAAUAAAGUGUUUCUUAUUGUUUGAUACUUCCCUUGUAGGCAGGUGUAGGGUUCUCUUGCUCCCAGCUUUGUCUUUUCUGCAAAGGAAGAUGGAGAUGUUGAAAAAUUAACUGGAAGCUAAAAUAUCUGCUUCACUGGAGGGUGAAAAGCGAGGGUGAGUGGCCUGAACUGUCCCUGGUCUCUGCCCUUGCUCCUCUGACCAGUGCAGCGCAGCAGGAAGGCUUGCUCCAGCGUCAGGCUCUAGAAGGAUAACGGACAAGUAAAUAGCUGCACACAAAUAGCACACAUGAAUAGUUGCACUUUAUUUCAGGGCAUCCCCCAGCAGCGGCAGGAAUUAGUCGUUACAAAUGUUAGGUCACAAAUGGAAUAUCAAGCAGUGACGUAGUACAGUGAUCUUCACAUGUUAGUGACCAGAGCAGCACUCAUGGGCAGUUCCUAUGAUGGUGGUUAAGGUUGUGGGUAGAAACUAUCAUCUCAAAUGCAGAUUAAAAAAAAAAAAAAAAAAAAAAAAAGUGUUCCGUUCUUUGAAUUAACUCUGGCAGCAUGGGGGAAAGGGGAGAAGAAGGGCCCCAGAACCCUUCCUGGGUCUCUUGAGUGCUCCAGAACACACAUUUCACAGGGGCGAGGCCAGUACUUCCUCAAGUAAGCCUUUGUAGCUGAGGGAAAGCACAGCCAAAUACCCAAAGCUACUCUCAGCUCCAGAAAGUGAGCACACUGUACAGCUUUAACUCUGCCAAAUGCAGCCCAGAGCUGCCCUGCUGUACCCUAAACACUCUGCACAGGUAGGGAUUGGGAAUCCCUUGCCUUACAUCAGGGUUUGUACGCUCAGCAACACUGCUCCCUUUUUUCUUUUUUUUUUUAUUUUACUUAAACGUGGGGACCCUGUUGCUGCACAGCUGGCAAGGCGCAGGGCUUUAGUGCUACCCCGAGCUGUGCAGCAGCGUACAGACCUGAUCCCAGCUGCCAUCCCCCCCCCAAAAAAGCCCCAUCUUUACCCAGUUCAUGUAACUUCAGCCAGUGGCACAAGCAGCGUAGAGGCAGGAAAGGACCCUGUGAUGAAGCCUGGAGUAUUUCUACACUGUUACUGCUUGGUGCAUACAACCUACAAGUUUAACAGCCAGAAGAGGUGAGAACAAGCCUCUAGCUUGGUUCAAGGAAAGCAGGAAUUGAAACAGCAGGUGCUCUUACUGAGUGUCUUGAGCAAGGAAAGUGAAAAUAAGGGGGCUAAAGCUAACACUGUACUACAGCACUGACCAGGGGACAGGUGUCCACCUUUUUAACCCAGCCGCUGCUCGCUCCUCUGCCUGGCUAAAGAUGAGAUGAAGCUGAAACAGCGGAAGAAACAAGAAAGGCAGAGGGAAGCCUCACAUUUGUGUUUUAAAUAACCAACUGUAUUGCUAUCCUUUCCCAGCACAGGCAAGUCUGAACCACAGCUUGUUAAAUGCCACCACAGUUCUAGCUGAAACAGGGUUCACCUGAGGGAUAGGGACCUCAGGGGAACCACACCAGGGCAGAGCUACCCCCUCCCCAUCACAGCACCAAGUCACCCAGCCUCCCCCUGCGAGCGCCAAGGCCACUGCACAUAGGUUCGGUUCAGCCAUCCAACCCUCAGCAGGGAGAGAAGCUCCGGGGAUCCAGCUGCCGAGAGGGGCAGAGCCCUUCCUCCUGCUGAGGUAGAUAGGGCAAGGUGGGAGGAGACCUCAGGGAGCUGCAGGAGCAAGCCCGGCCCUCUGCAGCCUCCUGCCCUUAGGGGCUGGGUCUUCCCCCAUCACUCUGCACUUGCAGGCAAUAUUACUCCCUCAAUUGCUUCUUUUCAACUGGGGAAGUCUCUUCCCUCCUCCUUUGAUCCUCCUUAGAACGAAGGCCGAGUGUCCGGUCUGUAAAUCCUCACCACUCAGAGCACAAGUGGGUCAAUAGGUCUGCUACCUGCUCAGCGGAGCACAGCAACAGAGCAGCUACAACAGCAGGUGACCAUUUCCAUAGAUCCCUGCACUUCAGCCUCAGAAGGGAUCCAGUUCCCCUGGAGAAAAGGCACCAUUUGAAGCUCUGAAGCUCUCCCAGCUGCCAGAACAGGGUCUGUGCAAGGUUUAGGCACCCGCAGGAGCUCUGAGGACAGGGAAGGUACCAGGAGAGCAGCAGAGCUUCAAGCAUCGUGAGCAAGGAGGGAGCUGAGUGCCCCUUUGCGAGAACAGGGCCCCCCUUGCCUUGCGUCUGCCUGGUUCCUCUAAAGGAACAGCUCGGCCUUGCAGCACCUCCUACAUCACUCCAGCACUUCCCUGGGUCAGCUGCCAGGUGCAAGCAUUCAGAGAGCAUACACAGAGCCAGAUAGCUGUGGGUUUCUCAGCUCGUCCCUGCUCUAGGCACUGCACCAAGGCUCUAUCGGGCCAGCAAAAUGAAUGCAAGAAAAGAUAACCCAACCCUUGCUGGCAGUGCACGGGAGGCAAGCGCAGCACAAGAGCAGUUAGGGGAGCAAGCCGGGGCAGAUCCCCCAUGGUAACUCAGAUGAGAACCUCCUGCUGUACCCCUACAGGAGGGCAGCAGCUCUCACCACCCCAUCUCCCACAGGCAAACAGGACCCUGUAAGCAGAGGACCCAAAUCCUUCCCCAAGCUGGUUCCCAGCACAUGGGCACACACACAUGCAAGCCUAGCCCACACACAGGCUUUUCAAGCCCAAAGGGAACGCACGGAUCAGUGACCUACUUCCCAAACCAUGCCAAGUGUAGGAGGGAUUCUGGAAGCACUGGGGGAACUCCCCCAAACAUCAACUGCACAAUAUACCACGCGACAAACUCCAAGUGACGCUGCCCUGCUUCACUAUCCUUUCCUGAUUCAGCUACUCACUGUACUGGAAAUAAGAGAGAAAGGAAAAAAAAAAACCCCACAAUAACUAUCCUGGAAAAGUUCUUUUC